AUGUCUCGAUGCCGUGCGAGCGAUGAGGCGAUGCCUGACCAAUCCACCAUAUCUCAACGUCGUGCAAGCGAUGAGGUGAUGCCUGAACAAUCCACCAGAAUAGCCACCACCCUGGGUGAUAUCGUGCACCUCCAACUGGAAGAUAUGCCCAACCUACAAGCAAAGUGGAAAGAUUGGGGAUUUCGAUUGAUGGACGAACAGGGGAGUCCAUGGCUUCAGAAGACAUCCUGCUUCCAGUGGGCUAUCCGACAUAUCGAGGAGGACGACCUUUCAUGGGCUUUCCUCUUCGAUGAAGAACCUAAAAAGCGUGAGGCGAAGCACCGCCGCGAAGUAAUGCAAGGACUUGGUAAACGUCUACGAAUGGGUUGCCCCCUUGUGAUAGCAGUCGAUGAUGGGAUUCGCGGAGCGCUCAUCGAUUGGGACGGCACUCGGAACUAUGAUUACAGGAACAUCAAGCCGUCGCAGUUCGGGAUCAUCAGAAUCAACGCGGAGCUUUUGAGAUGGAUCGAUAAGGCUUGGGAUCCGGCCGAGAGACAGGCUGCCGAAGACCGCGGGGAGAAAGACGAGCACAUGGAUAAUAUGGAGAUUCUGAUAGUGGCGCUCUUUCUUCAAGUCCUUCCACAGGUGCUAGAUUUCGCCCAGAUCUUACUAUCUGAAUCUCGCAAACCGGAGCUCGAUGCCGGAGCUAGCUGGAACAGAACCUUCUCUAAAGGAUCACCAUGGAUCGUACGACGGGUUGGCACAGAUGGCCGUCCCCGCUUCGAGAUCUUCGACACCUUCAAGACACGACCCGUCAAGUAUUUGCAGUUGGACGGUUGUGCCCCUACCAGAAUCGAGGCGGUCUGGUACGAGACCAUCGCACAUGAGAUUGGCUACCUCUCAUUCCCUAGAGCAUCAAAGCUUCCCGGCUACGAUGAAAAAGAACGAUGCCGAACGCUCAACCUCUACCAUCCGCCUCUUGAAUUGGCGGGCGAUCGCGCAUACCGGUCAAACAUGCGCAUCGGUGACGGAAUGGCCGAUCGCGUAUACCAAUCAAACAUACGCAUCGAUGACAAAAUGGUCGUUCCCAGAAGUACGCAGCAGAUGUGGACGAAUGCUAUCAGGGACAUCUGGAAGGCGCACAUGCUAGAUCGCCUCCAACAGCUGCAUGGUGUGAGCCCAGCUAUCCCUCGAGACCCUGAAGACUCCUCGACUAGUUCGGAGUCUUCCAGUUCGGAGUCUUCUAGCGAAGAUGAGGACGAGAAAGUGGAGGAAGAGGGCGAGGAUGAGGAAGGAGAGGAGGGAGACGACGAGGAGGAAUCGUGGGAAGAGUGUUUCUCACUGUCCCCUGACCGUUACUGA